AUGCUGCCUUUUGAUCACGAUCGGCAACUGGAGCUAAACCCUAAUUUGCUUCCGAGCUUCUCCUACUUCCCUUCUAGUACUGUUCCUGCUUUUUACGGUACUACCGCAGCUGGCUUCGACGGCCGGAUCGUCUUCGGUUCGGCUGCCGUCGCGAAUGCAAGUGCAAGUGUUCUUCCUGCUGCUGCGGCAGCUGCUGGUGCCGAGGGCUCGAGGAGAUCAGAGGAUAAGAGAUCAGUUCAGAAAGGUACGAGAAAGGGGAGGCACAGCAAGAUAUGCACGGCGAAGGGGCCGAGGGACCGCAGGAUGCGGCUUUCGAUCGACGUGGCGAGGAACUUCUUCCGGCUUCAGGACAUGCUCGGGUUCGACAAGGCCAGCAAGACGGUGCAAUGGCUCCUCACCAUGUCCAAAGCGGCCAUUAAAGAACUCGCCUUCGUUUCCUCAUCCAAGAACGGGACAUGUUCGGGCAACCAGAGCCUGAGGAGCACUGGAUCAUCAACAGCCUUACCUCGCGAUGAUGCCUCCGGGUCUAGGAAAGCUACCAAGUCGUCGUCCAAGACGAAAUCAAAGAAAGAAGCCAUAAAGCCCGCGAAGAAGACCGAGCUCCACUCGGCGCAGGCCAAAGAACUGCGAGCGAAGGCGCGGGAGAGGGCGAGGGAGAGGACCAGCGUGAAGCGAAGGAUGCUGUCUUCUUCCUUCCCGAUCGCCCUGGAUCCCACUAGGGUCGACGUGAGCUCGUUCGAUUUGAAGACUCUACUCGAUCAGUUUGCUGAUCAAGAGGUGCAAGGGGACCUUCGUGUGCCACCGCCCAACCAUUCGAGCGAGGAAGGCCCCAUCUUCGGCAAUGGUCCGGCCACCAUGGCAGAAAUGAACUUCGCCAGCUACAUCUUUGAAGAACAGUGGGAGAUGGAAACCCUUUCCUUGUACUCAAGAUCAUAGAAUAAUCGAUAUCGUCCCAAUCAGUAAUAUUAUCAAACUUAUUGCCUUAUGAUUCUAGUGCUCUUAUAAUCUAGUUUGCUAGCUAGUUUAUCAGUGUGCUUAAUUUUCAUUUUUAAUAUGAUCAUGCCUACUGUAAACUUGAUGUGACUAGGCAUCUGGCUAAAUGUUUGUGAUAUAAAGAAGAAACUAAUUGUUGAUUUGUAGCUUAAACUUCAA